CAUUACUGUUAUGUAGUACGUACAAUGACGUAUAGACGUCGAGAGAAUAUAAAGUACUUAUUUUUUUUUCACUGUUAUCAUGGGUUCCAGAUUGAGAGACAAUGUGCAACAUCUUUUUGAAUGUUUCUGUGAGACAGCUGCACCAUUGGGAGAAAAACCACCUUGGAUACUUCAGAAGUAUCCAAGUUCUUUCUUAGAUGAGGAAAUACUUAAAUCAGUCCCUAAAUUUGCGUAUCCUUGUGAAAUUGAAAAUUUGAUGGUACAACAUUUCUCAUUUGUACUCACUAGCAUAGACUCAAAGUGGACAUUUGGAUUUUGCAGACAUGAUCCUAAGACAGACACAGCUUUAGUAAUUUUAAGUGCACUACCAUGGCAUGAAAUAUUUUAUAAGCUUUUAAAUAAUAUUGCAACUUUAAUGAGCAAUAGUACUGGAGAAGAUCUUUGGAAAUUUCUUGAAACUGUAUAUAAAAGUCCAGUCCCCAUUCCUGGUAGUUCUGUUUCUAUUCCUGUACCACAUUCUAAAGUGAACUUUGUUUGCCAAAGUCCUAAACAAUUUCAAUUACCAAGUAUACCUGAAAAUAGAAACUUGACUGAAUAUUACAGUGCUGUUGAUGCUCAUAAUAUGAUGAUUAUAUUUGCUUCUAUGCUAUAUGAACGACGAAUUAUUUUCACUUCGAAACGUCUGUCAAGAUUAAGUGCUUGUGUUCAAGCAUGCAAUGCUUUAAUUUAUCCAAUGAUUUGGCAACAUAUAUAUAUCCCAGUUUUACCGCUAUCUUUGAUCGACUAUUUAUUGGCACCAAUGCCAUUUUUAAUUGGAGUACCUACUCCAACACUUCAGAGAGUACGCAAAAGCGAUCUAGGCGAAGUCGUUAUUUUGGAUGCUGAUAUUAACACUAUAGAAUCUCCGUUUCAAGAUUUAGAAUCGUUGCCUCAGGACGUAGUGGCAAACUUGAAAAAGGCAUUACGUAACAGAUCUGCGCUUCUUGGAGAUGGCGUGUCAAGGGCAUUUUUACGAGCAUUGGUGCAAUUAACGGCUGGAUAUAGGGACGCAUUAACGUUGGAGCAGGGACAGAGUAUUACUUUUAAUCAGAAUGCAUUUGUGGAAAGCAGACCGUCGUCGAUGCAACCUUUUCUACGAAAAAUGUUGGAGUUACAAAUAUUUCAACAAUUUAUUGAAGAAAGACUGAAUAUGCUUAAUUCAGGGCUUGGUUUUUCGGAUGAAUUCGAAAUGGAAGCUUGCAGCUAUUCCGCUAAAUCUGGUAGCAAAUUUAUGCAACAAUAUCGGGAAUGGACUUACGCUAUGCGAAAAGAAAGCUCUGCAUUUUUUCGCAGCGUAAAAGACAAGGCCAAUCCAGCUGUAAAAUAUGCAGUUAAAUCAGUAAAGGAUAAAGGCAAAGACAUGAAAACGGCGUAUAAAGGAUUGAAAUGGAAAGGACGAUCAAAUAGAAGUGAUACUAGUAUGAGAUUCCAUCAACCAAGAUCCGCACCUAGCUCACCCACGUCUGACAGAAGACCUAUCGAUUUUACGUCCCCGCCGAAAUCACCAAAUAGUUUUACGGCUACUACUAGUUACAGAAAAGACCUUCGAAUACGUAAUAGCAAUUUCACUGAUUCAAGGAAACAAUAUUCGCCGUUAAGUCCCAGUUCCCCAGAAGAAUCCGAUUCCCCACCAGAAAGGGUAAACAUUGAUCUUAUGCAAGAGCUCCGACACGUGAUAUUUCCUAAUACACCUCCUGUUGAUAGAACAGAGUCUCCCGAAGUGUCAGAUUUAAUUAGAUUAGAUUCGACAGCAAGCAACGAUGACUUUGAUCCUUUGCUUUCGAAAACCUCGGACUUCGCAAGCUCUAAGCAAAUGACUCAAUCAUUACAUGUUCCAGAGAUGGGUGAAGGUCUUAGCAAUCCUUUGUAUCCUUAUUUUCAACCACUGCACAAAAGUAACGAUAAGCAACAAAAAUCUUCCGAUAAUAUUGGUGAUCUGGAUUUACUGCAAGCAUAUGGCUUGGAUUUUAACAAGUUUAGCAUAAGCAAUGGUGAUUCACCAUCAAAAAAUUCUACAGCAUGCAGCACAUCUGAGAGCAGCAUUAAUAUUGAUAAUACGUUCAGUUUAACGUUGAAUGCGCCUGCCAUUAAAUCACAAAACAAUUGGACAAAAUUUGAAUAAGUAAUGAAAUAUAUUACUGUUCACAUAUCACACAAUUGUAUAUAUAAUGUUAAUACUAUUUUUUUUUUCUUUUGUUAUUCAUGUAAACAUAAGUAUCAUUGAACACCUGUAGAAGCAUAGUUGUGAAUAGGAGUUUUACAGUUAAAUGAUAAUUGAGUUGAAUGAAUUGUAAUAUCCUAGCCAUUAGUAAAAAGGGGAAAAUGAUCAUUUGACUUCGUAGCACAAAUAUGUAAUACAAUACGUCCUUAUACAUUUUUUAUAUUGAGAACUGACAGGAUAUUUUUAGUA